GUGAAGUAGAACCAGUCUCAUAAGAAGCCUAACACUGCACCCGGAUUACAAGCCGCGGCAGCAUACGGCAGAUGAACAAGACCUCAUAAGGCUUAGCUCAUCAACGGGAUGUGUCACGCGACGCGACACUUCGAAUUCUUCUUCAUCUUUACGGGCAGAUCAGCCCUAUCAGUCUGCCCAGCAGCCAGGCUCAGAGGACUGGUCGCUUCGGCUAAAUGUCAAUCGAGGUCCCCGCUUCGGGCUUGCAUGUGGUAAAGCUUGAAUGCGCUGCGUGGAAAUGGUUCUGGCGAUGUCUGGGCAGUGGAGAUAUAUGACCGGGUCCUGUAGCGGCUUUUUAAAGGAUGCUAGCUUUUGGCUUCCUCGCGCUCGCGCUGACCGUCGCGUCUGCCACGCCCGUCUUCGACACGCUCGUCCUGCAUGAGCGUCGGGCAGUUGUUCCGGAGGGCUUCGUCGCGUCGGGAUCGGCGCCUGCUGAGAAGAUACUUCAGCUGAAGCUUAACCUGGCCCAGAAUAACCUCGAAGGGCUGGAGACGAAACUGCUCGCUGCUGCCACACCGGGUAGUGCGACCUACGGACAAUGGUUGUCCAAGGAAGAGGUCGACUCAUUCUCCACUCCCACUGCAGAGACCACUGCCGCCGUGUCUGAGUGGCUUUCCUCCAAUGGUCUAUCAUCGACACUCGUCUCUCCCUCCGGUGACUGGAUCUCCGUCAGCGUCCCCGUGUCCAAGGCAAACGAGCUGCUCGGCGCUGACUACCGGGUUUUCACGCACACCGCCAGCGGCACCGAGUCGAUUCGCACGCUUGAGUACUCCAUCCCGGCCGCGCUCAAGGACCACGUCCGCGUCGUCACUCCCACGACCAGCUUCAGCGGGUCCCGCUCCCUUCCUCGCGUGAUGGCGGUGAGAAGCCAGCAGCCCGAGCCGCGCGCGGCACCGGCGCCGGCGCCAGUGUCGGACGCCGUCCACGUUUCCUGCAACGACACGAUGACACCCAGGUGCCUGCAGUCCAUGUACCGCAUCCCCAAGACGCCUGCGAAGAGCAAGAAGGGAUCAAUCGGGGUAGUGGGGAUGUAUGAGCAGUGGGCGAACAGGGAGGAUCUGAAGGACUUCCUCGAGGAGCAGCGCCCGGACAUGAACUCCUCGACUACGUUCGGCCUCCUCUCGCUCGACAACGGAACGGAUUCGCAGGCCCCAGAUGAUGCCAGCGUCGAAGCUAACAUGGACAUCCAGCUCACCGUGGGCCUGGCAACUAACGUUCCGGUCACAUUCGUUUCUUUGGGGACCAAUAACACUGAUGGCGCGGACGGCGGCUACCUCGAUAUCAUCACAGGGCUCAUUGCCGAGAGCGCUCCACCCCAAGUGCUCACAACCAGUUACGGUCUGCUUGCUGAGUCCUAUCUCUCCGAGCCCCUCACCGUGGCGAUGUGCAACUCGUACAUGCAGUUGAGUGCCCGAGGGGUCUCUAUUCUGUUUGCCUCGGGCGAUGGCGGUGUUUCUUCGACCCCUGGUGUGCAGUGCAAUGGAACAGCAUUCGCGCCCACCUUCCCUUCCUGCCCUUACGCGACUUUGGUCGGUGCCACCUCCGGUAUGCCAGAAACGGGCGCGGCCCUCUCCGCUGGUGGUUUCUCGAACUACUUCCCUACCCAGUCUUGGCAACAAUCCGCCGUCAGCGCGUACAUCAAGUCGAUCGGCACGCAAUAUGCUGGCAAGUACAACACCACCGGUCGGGGGUACCCGGACGUCUCGGCCAGCGGUGUGAACGUCACGAUGCACCAAAUCGAUCACUGGGACUUGAUCGACGGCACGUCCUGCUCCUCGCCUAUCUUCGCGUCGGUGAUCGGCCUAAUUAACGACCGGCUGCUGACCGCCGGGAAGCCCGUGCUUGGCUUCCUCAACCCGUGGUUGUACUCCAACCCGCAGAUGUUCAAUGACGUUACGACGGGAAAUAACCCUGGUUGUGGAACGGACGGCUUCUCGGCCAAGGCAGGGUGGGAUCCCGUCACCGGCAUGGGAACGCCCAACUUCCCUGCUAUGCUGAAGGCCGCCGGUCUCUAAAUAAGACCAAAAUAAUGGGCACUUAGUGUUGUUUUUCUGAUCACAAAUCGAACUCUCAUGCUGAGAAACUCAUCUCUCCUUCUGCCGAGUUUAAA